CCCCUAAACCCUAAACCAGUCACAGUUCCAAGCACAGGCUUCUCGACUCUCGCAUCUGUUCCUGAUUUGCUGCACGUAAGAAGAAGGAUUAGAUUCCUAUUCCUUGCUGAAGCGCCGCAUCUGUUCACGAAGCUCCAAUUAGCUGAAGCUUUCGGUGUCAAUGGCCGCUGCGGUGUUUGUCCUGUUUUUGGUUUCAAGCUUGGUAUAGUCAUGAAGAUGCUUGUCAUUGCUGCGAUUGUGCGUAGUUAAACAAAUGUUGUCAACCAAUAUCAUACUUCACCAUCAACCUUUCAGAUAUCCACCAUCUUACUCACUAAUGUCUAUCCACUGAUGCAACAAUAUCGCAAAUGCUGCAGCACGCUCUGAAAAAUAGACUGUGCAUGAAACUGUGUCGUGUAAGUGUUUAUUCAAACUUCUACGUGUGAGGUGUUGUUCAGUGCCUGAUGAUCGACGGCUUUGAAGAGAUGUUUCGGGCUUUCUUUAGAUGACACUUACAAAGUGUCGCGAGGAAUACUUUAGAUUCAAUAAGUUCACAGUUGCAAAGACUUGUGAGUACCAAACCAAUCGAUUCGGCGCAGAUACUUUUUGUUUACAUCAGAGAGAGAACAAGAAAAGAAAAGUAAAGAAAAUUGGCUCCUAGCAGCAAAGCGUCCUGCACACAAACGCUUUACUGAAGAAUUGCUCCGGAUGAUAAGACACAUAUUUCUGAUGGUCAUGGUUUUAGAUAAGCUUGCAUCGAGAUUUAAAGACCACUUCACAUAUUUCAGACGUUGCGUGUUGCACCUUGCAGCAGACGAAUUCCAUUCAGGACAAAAUCUUCGACGUCAAGUGGUUCGGAACGAAAUUCAUCGAAGCCGUGUGACUUGUGAACAUCGAAGCCAAGUGUGACACUAGCAAACUAUUGCGGUGAAGAGUUCUCAGAACAUAUGCGGAGAGGCCUUAAUCGUUGAAAAGCAAGGAUGGAUUGAUUUGACUUGACUUUCCAGUUUCAAUUUUACUGUCACGCCGUUUGUGUCUCGGCGAGUGCGGUGCGGCAGCCGCCAAACAAAUGGAAAAUCACGUCGCACCUAAAAUAGACAUGAUUCGUAACGAUACUGAAUUUCCCUCUGUUUUCGUUGUUGUCACUGGUGACUGCACUGCUGAAACGUGAGAGACUAAAGGGUUUGGAUGAUCCCGCACCACUUUUGGUAAGUAGGAGUCCCCGAUUAUUCUACCAAGCUUGCAGCUGCUGCCUUCAAAAGCGGAAAGAAGAGGGAUCUGGCACAGUAGUGGUAGGAAACUAGUUUUUACAUCGAUUUCACGACAAACUUUGCUAUCUGAAUAAUGCGAGAGUCACGGCGGGUGGCCUCAGUCGCCCUGAACAUCGCCGCAGUCAUUGCAUGCGAGUUGCAGACGCUCUUGCUUGUCUACGUAAACUCGAGAAAUUCUAAUAUCUUCCGCCUCGCACUUAUUUGCUUUGCAGCGCUUGUUGCUCCAUGUUUGUGUGUACUUUGCUUUGAUCUCGAGCACAGAGAUGAGAAUCGCUUCUCCUCCGCACCUUUCUUACAGGGUGCAAGUGGUAGCUACAAAUCCGUGAGUGAUACAAACUGCUCCGAAUCGUAAAGCUGGAGCGUACUUUUGUGGCUGGAGUGUCAAACUGAGAGUUCACUAGUGAUUGAUCUGUACAGACAGGUGCUUCGAAGUAAGACUUUCCGGGAAAUUUUGAGAUAGUAUUCGCAUUUUCACAUGAUUUUUCUCGAUGCAAGAGUUUGAAGUAUGUGGUUAUGCAGCUGUUCCGUUUAAAUGGGAAUCUGCUCCAGGAAAACCUAUUGAAGAGGCUGUGGUGAUUCUGCCGGCUACGUCUGACCCAUGGAUGAGUCCCCUCCGUCCUCCUCCGGGCUUUCGAAAAGCUGUUAAGAGCACGAAGUCCACGGUUGAAGUUUCUGGACCAGAACCUCCAGUGUUGGCUGAGAUGAAACUCGUUCAAAAGAUCUUUAAGAUGUUCCACGGACUCCGCAGGAAAUAUGGUGCUUCAACGGCUUCCUCAGUAUCCGAAGCUUCCCGAGACAUAGCGGACAGGGGCGAAUUCGGCAAGGAGGACCUAGACAGGUGCUACGACUCAAGUGCAUCCACGAGCAAUUUUUCUGUGAGCACAUUCGGCCAUCAAGAAACAUCAUCUUCCUUCACCUCCAUUGAGUCCUCUUCCUCAGAUCCCUGCAGAACACAUUUUAAUAAAGACCCUGCUACUUACUCCUUUCGAUACAAGACUAGGGCCCAACCAUCCUCAUUCCGUUUCGACGAUGUAGGUGGUCUUUUUGGAAACGACUUGAAUGGAUCUGAUGAUAAUCACUCUCUUCCUGGGCCUCGGGAAUCAGUAUGGCACGAUUUUAGCGGACCAUUAGAGCGUACUUGCGUCCCACCUGACAUGCAAAUUCGAAGAUCGCACAGUAUCUUAGUCCCCACACUUUUGUGCCAUUCCUUGCGCAAUUUCAAGCAACUCUCAUUCGGACGCACACUUCGACGGUCAAAGGCGACGAAACAACUAGUCCUAGAGAAAACCUAGACGUGGAUACGGUUGUUCUAGCAGCGGAUGUCUCUGUCAAAUUUCCACUUCAAUUUUGCAGUGCGGUUGAUCCUCCUCCUGAGAAUGUCGCCAUCUCUGCUCAAAAUGGCAACAAGUCAGCGACGAUCAUCAAAGCAGAGCUGUGAUGAAGCUUCUACUACGGCAGACACAGUUGGAAAUUCCUCUUCAAGCAUGCUGAUAUGGUUGCAUCCGAAUCUUCAACACGGAUGGCAGUCGAAAAUCCAUUGCGACAUUGAGAGCAGAGUGCAUCAACAACAACACCCUACAGUAGGGUCUAGUUCUAGAGCUGUGAGAGCCAUUUCUUCUCUCUGCGUUCGUUCGACAAUCGUGCAACACAAAUUUCUAUCCCUGCAAGGAUGUAAAUGUAGAUUGGCAAAGGACAAUUUCGCAACGAAGGCAAGCUUAUUUUUUCAGAGAGUAUAAUUACAGGUGACUCUGCAAUUUGCGUCUCUACACAUGCAAACGAUAAAAUGUUUCGUAGGGUAGAGAGCUUUUACGGA